AUGGACAAGAUUAGAUGGGGUCUCGAUAAACUUUCUGUGGCUCAUGAGCCAGGGCUCACUAAUGCCCAGUUGAUGUUAACCAAUGAUGAUUUACGACCAGUUGAACCCGAACGCCGCCAAUGGACUUGGUUAAACUAUAUCGCAUUUUGGAUUGCGGACUCGCUGAACAUCAACACAUGGAUGAUUUCGUCCUCAAUGAUCAUCGCAGGUCUUUCGUGGUGGCAGGCAUGGAUUUGUGUCUGGGUUGGAUAUUUUUUCGCCGCGGGUUUUGUCUGUUUGACCGGUCGCAUUGGUGCUGUCUAUCAUACAUCAUUUCCAGUCACCGUCCGAGCAUCCUUUGGAAUUUGGGGUUCUUUCUGGCCGGUGAUCAAUCGAGUGGUGAUGGCGAUUAUCUGGUAUGGUGUGCAGGGUUACAUUGGAGGCGAGUGUGUGACUGUGAUGAUUACGGCUAUUUGGCCUAGCUAUAAGAAUCUGCCCAACUCAAUCCCUGCCAGCGCCGGCGUCACAACCCAGGGCUUCGUCAGCUUCUUCCUCUUCUGGCUGUGUUCUCUUCCGGCUCUGUGGUUCCCUGUGCACCAGGUGCGCCACUUGUUCACCGUCAAGGCAAUUUACUCGCCAAUUGCUGCUAUCGCAUUCUUUGCCUGGGCCAUUUCAAGGGCAAACGGCAUUGGUCCUAUUAUCCACCAGCCCAACACGGUCCACGGAAGUACCCUGGCAUGGCAAGUCGUCACGGGUAUUAUGACCUGCAUUGGAAACUUUGCAGCCCUCAUUAUGAACGAUCCUGAUUUCUCCCGAUUCGCUCGUACGCCGAAAGAUGCGUUGUGGUCUCAGCUUUUGACUAUUCCCAUCGGUUUUGGAAUCACAUCAUUCAUUGGUAUCAUCGUAUCUUCAUCCGCGACGGUGAUCUACGGCACCCAAGUUUGGAACCCUCUUACUCUUCUAGGCAUGUUCCUGGAAGGAGCAAGCUCUGGACAGCGCUUCGGUAUUUUCAUCAUCGCCCUGGGAUUCACCCUGGCCCAGUUGGGAACCAACAUCUCCGCCAAUUCCGUUUCCGCCGGAACCGAUCUGACAGCAUUGAUGCCUCGGUACCUGAACAUUCGACGAGGCAGUUAUAUCUGUGCAGGUAUCAGUUUGGCAAUGUGCCCGUGGAAACUUGUCACCGGCUCUAGCGAGUUCACUACCUAUCUAUCCGCCUACUCUCUCUUCCUGUCUGCCAUUGCGGGACCUAUGAUCUGCGAUUACUACUUUGUUCGCCGUGGUUUCCUAGACAUCAAAGGCCUCUACAGCGCCCGCAAGACAGACCCAUACUACUACACCUAUGGCUUCUCCUGGCGCGCCUACGCCGCUUACUUCAGCGGCAUCCUAAUCAACAUCGUCGGAUUCGUUGGCCAAGUCGGUCCUAAAGUCCCCGUUGGUGCUCAGUACAUCUACAAUAUCAACUACUUCUCUGGCGUCAUUGUUUCUGGUGGCAUGUACUGGAUCCUCUGUUAUUUCUUCCCUAUCCCUGCAACCAGUGAUAAGUGGCAUGAAGUUGACAUCGAUUACGAGGAUGUGUCCGUUGCCUACGGACAGGAGGUGAUGGAUGGAGACCGCACAUCCAACUACGGGGAGAGGAGAUCUAUCUCAGAUUCGCUCCCGUCUGAUGACCAGAAGGGGCUGAGUUCUGCUUCGAAGAAAAUCUAA